AUGGCAUUCUACAGCGCAGGCCCGCUCUCACCGGGUUACAACUCCUCCUCGGCGUGGGGAGGCAACGAUAACACCGAGGAAGAUCCUUGGGCUGCUCCUGGUGCUGGAGGUGCCACUGCUUCGUCGUCGUCUGCAGCGACGGGAGCAACGCCUACUUCAUCGUCUGCUGGAUUCGCGGCGUCCCCACCUGGCGGCUUCACUUCGUUCUCCACGCAGCAUCAGCAGCAGCACAACAGCAGGCAGCAACAGGCUGGGUACUUUGGUGCGGGCGGCGGUGUCGGGUCCAACCUCUCGCAGGAAGCGGAUACCUAUGGCGAUGGCUCGACGGAUACUGGUUUUGGUGGAGCGGGUGGAUUCGGCUCGGCAGCCGGUGCGCCUUCGAGCCACUUCGGCAGCGCUGCUGCCACUGCUGGAGCAAAACAAUUGCACCAUUCCAACGCCCACUCUUCGCCGAGCACUUACGGCUCCGCGAUCAGCUCGAUAGAGCAUCAGCAGUCCGCACCCUCCUCCCAUCAGCCUGCUCAGCAACCGUCAUCCGCCUCUGCAGCUUCUUCCCAAGCUCCAAAGCCGUCCCAGCAAUCCGGAGCCUUCCCCUCCGGCGUCAGCACAUCGCAGUAUCAAUCCACUUCAUCUCACACGACCGGUGCCUCGCGCUUCCAAUCGCACACCCCUUCCACCCUCCUCCCGCACGAACCGGCCGGCUUCUCCUCCGCCGCCUCUUCCUCCACAGACUACGGCGCAGCACCCCGCCAGCUCGCCCCUGGCUACCCGCUUCCCGCGUCCAAUUAUACCGUUCCCGCCUACUCACCUUUUGCUCGCGUGGACUCGCUCAGCACCCCACGCAGAGAAGCCGUCGAAGACAUGUACGGCGUCCCCGAGAACUUCCUUGAGGUCGAAGUGCGCAAUCCGCUCACCCACGGCGUGGGCAGGAAGAUGUACACCGAUUACGAGAUUGUGACGCGCACCAACAUCCCCGCGUUCAAGCUGAGAUACUCUUCGGUUAGGAGGCGGUACAGCGACUUUGAGUAUUUCAGGGAUAUCCUGGAGAGGGAGAGUACGAGGGUGAACAUCCCCCCGCUGCCAGGGAAAGUGUUUACGAACAGGUUCACGGACGAGGUCAUCGAGAGUAGGCGCGAGGGGCUGGAGCGCUUCUUGCAGGUUGUCGCGGGUCAUCCGCUGUUGCAGACCGGCAGCAAGGUUAUGGCGGCUUUCCUGCAGGACUCCGGCUGGAGCAAGGAUCAGUGGCUGUAA